GAGAGAGAGAGAGAGAGAGAGAGACGUUUCUUGGCGUUGUCUCUUGAUUGGAUCAUGUUGUUUUUCUUCCAUCGGAUUCUUAUCGCAUAUACGCAAAAUACCAUUUUACAUAGCAAGAAGGGAAGAGGGGUUUCCGGUUCAAAUGAUGAAAGUUUAUGACAAGAGUCAGUACGCGCAGGACAAAGGGUAGAUGACCUGUCAUGCCCUCCUUCUCUGGAACGAGACGAUCUAAUAACCGGAUAGUAUCCAGGUAUUUAAUGAUUAAGUUUUUAUUUUCUGCCCUCCUCGUUUUUCGCACCUUUGCAAUGCUGCACAAUGCAAUUCAGGGUUCGUGCCAUGCUUGUCAAGGACGAAUAGGCGUUUCAGACGGUCCAAACGGAGGGUUAAGGGAUUGUCUUUCGUGUCUCGGAUGGGGGAGGGGUAGUGUUGCCCAGGAGACAUUGUCCAGACGUUUACAGUUCUACGGUUCUUUGGAAGUUGCUGAAGACGUUGGAGCACGAGGUACAACGGGCUGGGGGGGAUAAUUAGAAGCGAACGUCAAGCGUGUUUGCGGGGUGAGUUGCUUGGCCUUCUGCGCUCUUG